GGCUUAUUCAAUGCCGGAAGUGCGAAAGUGAGAUCGGUCAUGCUUCCGGGUUUCUUCCAAGCUGUGUGAAACAGGGGAAAGAUGGAGGCGUUGAAUAAGCUUAAACAGUUUGACGCUUACCCCAAAACUCUGGAGGAUUUCAGGAUCAAAACAUGCGGUGGAGCCACGGUAACCAUCAUUAGCGGGCUAAUCAUGUUGUUCCUGUUUUUCUCGGAGCUGCAGUAUUAUCUCACGAAGGAGGUCCAUCCAGAAUUGUAUGUGGACACAUCACGUGGAGAUAAGCUGAAAAUCAAUGUUGAUGUCAUAUUCCCCCAUAUGCCUUGCGCAUACCUAAGCAUUGACGCCAUGGAUGUGGCGGGAGAGCAGCAGCUGGACGUGGAGCACAACCUGCUCAAGCAGAGGCUGGAUAAGGACGGGAAACCCGUCACCUCCGAGGCCGAGAAGCAUGUCCUGGGGAAGGAGGAGGAUGGGGAAGUGUUCGAUCCCAGCAAGCUGGAUCCGGAACGCUGCGAGAGUUGCUAUGGAGCUGAAACCGAGGAUCUGAAGUGCUGUAACUCCUGUGAGGACGUGCGGGAGGCGUACAGGCGCAGGGGCUGGGCCUUUAAGAACCCCGACACCAUUGAGCAGUGCAAAAGGGAGGGCUUCAGCCAGAAGAUGCAGGAGCAGAAGAACGAGGGCUGCCAGGUCUACGGCUUCCUGGAGGUGAACAAGGUCGCAGGAAAUUUCCACUUUGCUCCUGGAAAGAGUUUCCAGCAGUCUCAUGUUCAUGUGCACGCUGUGGAAAUUCACGACCUGCAGAGUUUCGGUCUCGACAACAUCAACAUGACCCACUUCAUCAGGCACCUGUCCUUCGGGCAGGACUACCCCGGGAUCGUCAACCCCCUGGACGGGACAAACGUCGCCGCGCCUCAAGCUUCCAUGAUGUACCAGUAUUUUGUGAAGAUUGUACCAACCAUCUAUGUAAAAGGAGAUGGAGAGGUGGUCAAAACCAAUCAGUUCUCUGUAACUCGGCAUGAGAAAGUGGCCAAUGGGCUGAUUGGGGACCAGGGGUUGCCAGGAGUGUUUGUGCUGUAUGAACUCUCCCCCAUGAUGGUCAAGUUCACAGAGAAAAACAGGUCCUUCACCCAUUUCCUUACAGGAGUGUGUGCCAUCAUAGGGGGAGUAUUCACAGUGGCCGGGCUCAUCGACUCGUUGAUAUACCAUUCGGCGCGGGCCAUCCAGAAGAAGAUCGAGCUGGGGAAAGCUUCUUAGGGGGGAGGAGCCGGACCGUCAGCCGCCGCAGAGAACCCGGGCGCUACCUCGCGGCCUCCACGAAGCGCCCCCCGAGAGGCACACUGACACACGGACGGACGGACACACGGAUGGACAGAUCGAUUCCCAGCUUCCCCACCCACAGACCAAACUUGACGGACGGCGCCGAGCUAACGGACACGGCCCCCGCCUCUCUGUCGCCCCCUGCUGUAAGGCCGGAUCGCGAGGUGCCCACGACUUCAGAGGCGUCGCCCCGGUUUCAUCUGCAGACACGGACACGUGCACCCGUGGGUUUAACGGAAAACACCGUUCCUCGUUUUCCAGAAAUCGCCCCAGCUUUCCCGGUCCUGAUGGGCUUAUUGAACAUUUUUCCGUUACGUUUUUUUUUCUCUUCUGGAAAUGUAAUCCCGAUGCCCUUAUUUUUUUUGUUCCUGCGCUGAUCGGGUUUUCGUUUCAGUUUCAGCGAAUCAGCGUGUGCGCCCCUUUUCCGCACCGGUGUCUCGAAUUGAGGGUUUUGGAGACGCGAGGAGGGAGGACGUGUCCCGGAGGGGCGGGGGGUUUUGGCGGGUGUUGGGACAUAAUUGGAAGCUGUGUGUUUUCGAGUCGUUGGGAAGACGGGGUCACGUCUGGGUUCGGUUGAACCACAAUACGCUUUGUCCUUAAUUCUCAAAACCAUAAUUAAGAGUGUGCAGCUUACGUCGUUCAUUACAGUGACUGCAGUCCGCAAUUCUGCAUGAUUAUGAGUAUCACUGGUACCUUUCAUUAAGUCAAAGGUAACCCACAUUGCACAGGGAGAGGGGGGGGGGAGGGGGGCUGGGGGCAGGUGUCGCUGUGUGGUCCUGUUUGUUAUUUCUGUUGUGUUUAUGGCACCCGAAGAGCCCCAGUCUGGAACAGGGGGUGUGUGUGUUGUCUGGAGGUGUGGCUGGCUCAGGUAAGGGCUAUACACAGGUGUGUGGAAGAGAUGUACAUAUGUUUUAAUUUACGUUUCUAAAAUGAUUAAAUAAAUGUGAAAAAAAAACAA